GGUCUGCGGUCCGGGACCAGCGAGGCUGCACAGGCACGCGGAGCGCACGUCAGCCUCGCCGGGGCUGCCAGAAUCUUGGAAUCCCAAUCUGUGAGGUUCCUGGGUGUGCUGGCAUCAGGACAGCGGUCCACGAACUGUGCGUUACCCAAACAUUGACAUCCUGCAGCUAGCCUCAAACAAUCACAGCUGCUUUCCAAUUUCAGAGAAAAAAAGGCUAAAAUUGGUAAUCCUGAUGAAAAUCAACAAAAUACAAAUGAAGAGGCAGCACUGAGAGCAAUCAUGAUGAAAAUCAACAAACUACAGAUUGAGAAGCAGCACUGAGAGCGAGUUACUGCUCAUUUGAUUCCUAUUGCCAAACUGAACUCUCUUGUUUUCUUGCAAGAUGAAAGGAGACAAACAUGAAUGAGCCACUAGACUAUUUAGCAAAUGCUUCUGAUUUCCCCGAUUAUGCAGCUGCUUUUGGAAAUUGCACUGACGAAAACAUCCCACUCAAGAUGCACUACCUCCCUGUUAUUUAUGGCAUUAUCUUCCUCGUGGGAUUUCCAGGGAAUGUAGUAGCGAUAUCCACUUACAUUUUCAAAAUGCGACCUUGGAAGAGCAGCACCAUCAUUAUGCUGAACCUGGCCUGCACAGAUCUGCUGUAUCUGACCAGCCUACCCUUCCUGAUUCACUACUAUGCCAGUGGCGAAAACUGGAUCUUUGGAGAUUUCAUGUGUAAGUUUAUCCGCUUCAGCUUCCAUUUCCACCUGUAUAGCAGCAUCCUCUUCCUCACCUGUUUCAGCAUCUUCCGCUACUGUGUGAUCAUUCACCCAAUGAGCAGCUUUUCCAUUCACAAAACUCGAUGUGCAGUUGUAGCCUGUGCUGUGGUGUGGAUCAUUUCACUGGUAGCUGUCAUUCCGAUGACCUUCUUGAUCACAUCAACCAACAGGACCAACAGAUCAGCCUGUCUCGACCUCACCAGUUCGGAUGAACUCACUACUAUUAAGUGGUACAACCUAAUUUUGACUGCAACCACUUUCUGCCUCCCCUUGGUGAUAGUGACACUUUGCUAUACCACGAUUAUCCACACUCUGACCCAUGGACUGCAAACUGACAGCUGCCUUAAGCAGAAAGCGCGAAGGCUAACCAUUCUGCUACUCCUUGCAUUUUACGUAUGUUUUUUGCCCUUCCAUAUCUUGAGGGUCAUUCGGAUCGAAUCUCGCCUGCUUUCGAUCAGUUGUUCCAUUGAGAAUCAGAUCCACGAAGCUUACAUCGUUUCUAGACCAUUAGCUGCUCUGAACACCUUUGGUAACCUGUUACUAUAUGUGGUGGUCAGCGACAACUUUCAGCAGGCUGUCUGCUCAACAGUGAGAUGCAAAGUAAGUGGGAACCUUGAGCAAGCAAAGAAAAUAAGUUACUCAAACAACCCUUGAAAUACUUCAUUUACUUAACCAAAAACAAAUACUUGCUGAUACUUUACCUAGCACUCCUAAGACAUUCAGGAUGUCUCCCUCAAUGGAACUCUUGGUAAAUACUGUGUAUUCAAGUAAUCAUGUGCCAAAGCCAGGGCAGAGCUUCUAGUUCUUUGCAAUCCCUUUAUUGAGCUCCUCCAUUGGGGAGAUAUAAGAAUGGGAUGCAUGCAUAUCAGCAAAGUAUUCAGACAUAGUAUUACAAGCUAUUGGAACUCAGAGGCAUCUUAGAGAACAUCUGUUCCCACCAACUUAUUAUAUAUACAUGGAAACCAAUUUCUUACCCUUGCCCUAGAUUUCUCAGUAAAUUCAUGCCAAGAUAGGAGAAAACCAAUCUUUUCACUCAUUAUUUCAUGCUUCUCUGCACUCUGGACCUAUUUGUAUUGAACGAUUAGACAAUUCAAACCACUACCUGUAUCUUUCUUAAUAUUUAUUUUUUACA